GCUCUCUCUUCUCUCUGCCGACUCACUCGCUCACUUGCUCACCUCUCUCAAAGCCAUGGCCACCUGCAGCCGCCAGUUCACCUCCUCCAGCUCCAUGAAGGGCUCUUGUGGUAUCGGUGGUGGCUCUAGCCGCAUGUCCUCCAUCCUGGCUGGAGGAUCCUGCCGGGCUCCCAGCACCUACGGGGGCAUGUCGGUUACCUCCUCUCGCUUCUCCUCUGGGGGAGCCUGUGGGAUUGGAGGUGGCUAUGGUGGGAGCUUCAGCAGCAGCAGUUUUGGUGGAGGACUUGGUAGUGGAUUUGGUGGUCGAUUUGAUGGAUUUGGUGGUGGUUUUGGUGGUGGUCUUGGUGGUGGUUUUGGUGGUGGUCUUGGUGGUGGUCUUGGCGGUGGUAUUGGUGAUGGGCUCCUGGUGGGCAGUGAGAAAGUGACCAUGCAGAACCUCAAUGACCGCCUGGCCACCUACCUGGACAAGGUGCGUGCCCUGGAAGAGGCCAACACUGAACUGGAGGUGAAGAUUCGGGACUGGUACCAGAGGCAGCGGCCCACUGAGAUCAAAGACUACAGCCCCUACUUCAAGACCAUCGAGGACCUGAAGAGCAAGAUCCUGGCAGCCACCGUGGACAAUGCCAAUGUCCUCCUGCAGAUCGACAAUGCCCGCCUGGCUGCCGAUGACUUCCGGACCAAGUUUGAGACGGAGCAGAGCCUGCGCAUGAGCGUGGAGGCCGACAUCAAUGGCCUGCGCAGGGUGCUGGAUGAGCUGACCCUGGCCAGAGCCGACCUGGAGAUGCAGAUUGAGAGCCUCAAGGAGGAGCUGGCCUACCUGAAGAAGAACCACGAGGAGGAAAUGGCCUCCAUGAGAGGCCAGGUGGGUGGAGACGUCAAUGUGGAGAUGGACGCCGCCCCUGGUGUGGACCUGAGCCGCAUCCUGAACGAGAUGCGGGAUCAGUACGAGAAGAUGGCGGAGAAGAACCGCAAGGAUGCUGAGGAAUGGUUCUUCAGCAAGACAGAGGAGCUGAACCGCGAGGUGGCCACCAACAGCGAGCUGGUGCAGAGCGGCAAGAGUGAGAUUUCUGAGCUCCGGCGCACCAUGCAGAACCUGGAGAUCGAGCUGCAGUCCCAGCUCAGCAUGAAAGCAUCCCUGGAGAAUAACCUGGAGGAGACCAAAGGCCGUUACUGCAUGCAGCUGGCCCAGAUCCAGGAGAUGAUCGGCAGUGUGGAGGAGCAGCUGGCUCAGCUGCGCUGCGAGAUGGAGCAGCAGAACCAGGAGUACAAAAUCCUGCUGGAUGUGAAGACAAGGCUGGAGCAGGAGAUCGCCACCUACCGCCGUCUGCUGGAGGGAGAGGACGCCCACCUUUCAUCUUCCCAAUUCUCCUCAUCCUCUCAAUUCUCCUCUGGCUCUCAGUCAUCCAGAGAUGUGACCUCCACCAACCGCCAGAUCCGCACCAAGGUCAUGGAUGUGCACGAUGGCAAGGUGGUCUCCACCCACGAGCAGGUCCUGCGCACCAAGAACUAAAGCUGCUACAUGCUGCUCAGGCUUAGGAGGCUCCUGCGUGGACGCAGAUACUGCUGGAAGAGCCCCUGUAUUGUCCCUAUAGGCUUCACUCUUUACUUGACCCUUGUCCUUCCUGGCAAGCAAUAAAGCUUCUUUUUCUGAGUUGCACAA